AUGACUACUCCGAUGUCCAUCAAAGAUGUGGCAGACGAGGUCUACACCUCUGACCUCGCCAGCUACGUCGAGUAUGGCAUUCCGGUAGGGACCUUCAUUCCUGAUUCUGAGUUUGCACCGUCUCCUGCAACGACCGAAGUCAUCAUGCGCUACCGCCGCCUGGUUUUCUUCACCUUCGACGAGCUGGGUAAUCCUCAAUGGGAAGUUCGGGAGUUGAACGUCAUGGGUGAGCCGAUGAGCGAGGUGUGCCCUGAUGUUGUUACCUUCAUUGAGCGAGACUGUCAUGAGAACCGCAACACCGAUCUGUUCUCCGAGUUCAGGGUGGCCAACAUGGAGAUCUUCGAGCGCACUGCCUUCAAGUAUCUCGCCAAGAAACACCGGCUGAAUGAGGAAUGGAACUGGCCUGAUUAUAACACCAUGCGAGCUGAGCCCUACCGCCGCUCGCUGCGUCAGGUCCAAGUCAACCGUAUGGCACAAUCAAUCUACACUGUGCCGACAUGGGACCGCAACGGUGUUGAUGAUGUCCCGGGACGAGAGAAAUUCUUGAAGGGCCUGGAAGGUAUCUUCGCUUGGGAAAUGAAGAUCAGGUACGAUAUCAACGGUCAAUACGAUGCGAAAAGCGUUGAAUACACCCGGGAGCGGUUCCUGCUGGCUGCUCGAUCCGUGGACCUACUGCAGAAGCUUCUGCAUGACACUGAGAUUGAAUGUGUUUCGAACCGCCCCCGCUACGCCCCUCUGGCUGUUCCAAAUCAGAACAGGUCAGUGCAGACCGGAGGUUUCAUUGUCUCGCCUUUCACUGCUCUCGAAGACCCGUUCUCAACUCCAUUCAGAGGUCAGCAAACUGCGUCGACAGAAACUCCUGGCUCCGGUGUCUCGCCAUAUCCAGUUCCAAAUGCACCGCACUCGACUCCAGUUAGAGGCCUGCAACGUCCAGCGAUCCCCAUGGCUGGCUCUGGUGCCUCGCAAUAUGCUGUUCCCUAUGCGCCGCACACCACUCCAGUUUACAACCAGCAAGGUGUAUCGUCUCCUACCCACAACCGAACUCUAGAACGGGUUGCGGGAAAGAAUUGGGACCUUUUCCUUGACAAAAUGGAACCUCAGGCCAACCCAAUCACGCCUACAAAUAAGCGCGCCUUCGACAUCAUGGCCGGAGAUCAGAGCGAGGAAGUUCCAUGGUAUGCCCAAACCAGCCCCGGAUACUUGGCUACUCUUGCUACUCAAGAGUACCCUGGACCCAACGCAGGAGCCCAGGUGAAUGUUUCUCUAUGGGACACUGCCCAGCCCAGCCCCGGAUUUUCUGAAUGCUCGACAAACAUCAUGCCCAUUCCAGAGGGUACCGUCAACCCUCAGGCUCUUGAGAAUCAUGCCCCUGCACUGAAUUCUUCCCAUGUCUCGCACAUGGUGAUUCCUAUCGGUGAGAAUCAGCGCAUCCGUAUUGAUGUCUCUCGAGAGUUUGAUUUGCCCUUUGAUCAAACUUAUCCAGGGCCGUCUUUUCAGUGA